AUGAGCUGGCACAAGCCCAGCAAGCGCCAGAGGGCCGAGGAGCUAGGGCUGAUCACUCCACUGGGCAGGCGUCCGGAUUUUGAGCAAAAUAUCGCCGAGGCUGGCACGCCGAGUCGGGACCUGUUCGACCUGCUGGCGGACCGUGCGGCUGCCAAGUCGGGGCGCGAUGCCGAGCUCCAGUCGCUGCAGCGGGCCCAGAGGGAGCACGCCGCGGCCAUGGAGGAUGCCAGGCUGGAGAUCGGGAGGCUGCAGGCCGAGGUCCAGCGCGCCAGGGUGAUGGGCGCGGCGCGGGAGGAGGAGAACUCCCAGCGCAUCGCCCUGCUGGAGAAGCGGCUGGAGACCGAAGCGCGUGUUGGGGCGCGCUCGGCCGCUGAGCUGGCGGCCGCCAAGGCAUCGCUGGAGGAUGCCGCACGCAAGGCAGAUGCGGUGCUGAUCAGCACGCUGCGCGAGCGCGUGGCGGCCGCCGAGCAGCUGGCCGUCCAGGUGCCCGCCCUGCGGGAGUCGGCCAGGUGGGCCUGGGUGGCCGUCUUCGCGCGCGAGCGUCUGACAGCGGCAGAGGAGCGUUGUGAGCGGCUGGAGGCGCUGCUCGCGUCGGCUGAUGAGGCGGCGGUGGAGGGUGUGGCCGCGCUGCGCACGCUGCGGCGCUGGGAGUCGGAGCUGACCGAGGCCGAGGCGGCGCGCCUCACAGCCGCACUGGAGGAGCGGCGGCGAGACGCUGCGCGCGCCGAGCGCCGCGUCGCGCUCCUCCUGCGCGAGCGCUCGGGCCUGCAGGCCGUGCUGUCCUCCUACGACGAGGAGUACCUGGGGGGUGCGCGCGGCGAGGCGGGGAUCGCCCCGCAGCAGGCGCGCCUGGCGGAGCUGGAGGCCACCGUGGAGGGCCUGCACGCCCACGUCGCCGACCUGGAGGCGGAGCUGGAGCGGCGCGGGGCUGGUGGCGGUGGUGACGUGGGUGGAAAGGAUGACGUAAGCCAUGCGGCCUCAGCGCGGCAGCUGGCCGAGGCGCAGGCGCGCGCCGACGCGGCCGAGGCGCUGGCGGAGCGGUUGCGCGCCGAGGGCGAGGCGCUGGCCGCGCGCGCGGAGGCGCUGCAGGCCCGCGUCGCGCGUGGCGACUUCGACCCCGCCACCACGCGCGUGCUGCACCUGCGGCUGAACCCCGAGGCGGAGCUGGCGCGCGAGGCGCGCGACGCGCGCGUGGAGCGGCUGGAGAGCGAGAAUGCCGCGCUGGCGCAGAGCCUGGCCCGCCUGGAGGCCCUGGAAGGGGAGGUGUCGCUGCUGCGCCGCCGUGCCAACGAGCUGCAGAAGGCUAACGACCGCCUGCAGCAGGUGUUCCGCCGCCAGAUCACCCAGUUCCGAGAGGCGGUGUACCUCCUCUUCGGAUAUCGUGUGGAGAUGAUGACCGACCCCUCGGCCAGGGAGAUCAGGGCGCGCUUCGUGCUGCGCCCACAGCACGAGGACGAGGGCGCGGAGCUCGUGUUCGACCUGCUGCGAUCCGGGGUCCUGGCGCUGGUGCCCACGGCCCUCACCACGGGCCGCCUGGCGCAGGAGGCGGCGACCUUCGUGGACCGCUUCAGGUCCAUCCCAGCCUUCACUGCCAACCUGACCCUGGAGAACUUCCAGCGCCAGACCCAGAGCUAG